GGGGAGGGCUGAGCGCGAAGGUGGCGAACGGCUCCGAGAGAGAGAGAGAGAUAGAUAGAUAGAUAGAGAGAGAAAGAAAAAUAGAGGGAUAGUGAGAGAGGAGGUGGUGGUGACGACAGUGAGGGGGGGGUAAGUAGUGAGUGUGUGAGGGGGGUGACCGAGCGGGACGCAUCGCCGCCGCCGCCAUGUACCGCGCUCUCUACACCUUCCACUCGGCCGAGCCGCACUCGCUUCACUUCACCGCCGGUGAGAGCUUCGUCAUCCUGGAGCGCAGCAACCAGCACUGGUGGCUGGCGUCCAAGAGCAGCACUGGGGAGGUGGGCUACAUCCCCGCCUCGUACAUCAUCAAGGACCAGAAUGCUGAAGGGGAUUUUGCUAAUGGCCAUGAGAUUGAUGAAGAUGAUGACAAAGGACCUGAUAACUAUACCAAUUGUUUUGAUGAUGAACUGAAGGAAACCCCUGACAUCGAUUUUGGCAUGAUGAAAAAGUGUAAAAGCAGUAACUGUGGGAUAAAGUCAUGGAUUCAAAUGGACCCACGAUUGUUCUGUUUUGUGUAUGAUGAGCAGCAGAACAAAUGCUAUUGCAAAGUCUGUGUUGAUAAUAGCAUUACUGAUACAGAGUGGACAAGCGGUAGGUCCCAACCGCAAGGUGGGUGGAAAAAAGAUUACUUGCUUCGCCACCUGGCAAGUAGGGAACACCUUCAAGCGCUGUCAGUUCCGUUAAAUGCAGCCAACUGGGAGAAGGCGCUGUUUACUGAUGCUCUGAACAGUGAUUCAAAAGAGGAUGUUGUUCACCUCCUCAGAAAUGUUCUUUGGCUAAUCAAGGAACAGUUACCCAUAUCCAAAGCUAAAAGUCUACACAGGUUAAUAGAAAACCAUGGUGUGUCGUUGGGUAGACGCCACAGGAGUAAAAAUUAUAGCUGGCAGUUUGUUGCAGCUCUAAAUGAACCUGUUGAGGCAGAAAACUUAUUAGCAUUAAAACAAGCCCGAGUUCAUUCUCUGGUUGUUGAUGAGAGUUCAGAUAUUACCACUGAGAAACACCUGAUGAUGUACACAAAAUUUCUUGCCAAGACUGAGCUACAGGUGAAAUUUAUAAAGCUGCUGUAUCUGGAUGGUAAAGCUGAUGCUGUCUCCCUUUAUAAAUCUAUUAAGAAGUUCUAUGUUGAGCAUCAAAUCUGUCUACAGUCUAUGGCCAUGAUAACAACGAAUGGUUCGCCCAUUAUGCUGGGAUCAAAAGGAGGUCUUCAUGUCAAGCUGAAGGUAGACAUUCCAUGGCUACUUGGACAGCAUUUUGUGGUACAUUCAGAGGCUUUGGCCAUGAAGGAUUCAUACAAUGAAAUUACACUCUUUCAAGAAAUAGAUGGUUGCUUCAAAGCUAUCUAUGCGUACAUUUCCAGAUCCACUGUUAAACACAGCGGUUUGGAAGAGGUUCUUCAUGUCCUGGAGACAAAUGCCAUCAAACUGGCAAAGGCUUGCCACCUCAAAUGGAUAAAUCGAGGCAGGGCAAUCCAAGCAAUUUGCAAAUCGUACCAAACUCUCAUCAUAUACUUUUCUGACAUGAGUUACAGUGACCAUGACAUCACAGCAGAAAGCAUCCUCCUCAAACUUCAACAGCCUCGCAUUCUACUUGCCAUUUUCUUCUUGAGAGAUCUCCUCCACCACUUGGACAAUCUAUCACUAUUUUUUCAGGAAAGAUUUGUAAACCCAGUCAGAGUACCUGAAAGGGUUCAAGCUACAAUCAAUCUCCUUGAGUGCAAGUACCUUGGAAACAAUAUAUUGUGGGAGAGCAGCUUUCUAUUAGGAAUACAGUUACUGGAAAGUGGUGCUCUUUCUCGGCCACCCAUGACAAGGAAACCACAUGGACCUAUACUUCAUAAGACAGCCGCUAAAGCUACUGAUGAGAUAGCUGUCUCUGUUAAAACCCUGGUGAAGAAUAUUGUUGACAGUCUGAAGGAGAGGUUCCCUGAUAAUGCAAUCAUCAGAGCUUUUCGUAUCCUAGAUCCAGAUAGGAUUCCUUCUGAUCCAGAGAAACUGGCUCAAUAUGGCAAUAGUGAAGCAGCAGCUCUCCAGAAUCAUUUCUCAGACCUACUUUCAAAUGAUGGGAAGGAUUUGGUUGCAGAAUGGGAUCAGAUGAAAUACUUAAUUGCAUCCAGAAAAGGAGAGAGUUUAGAUGAAGUUUGCAUUGAUCUGGCCCAUUCUGAUAUGUGGAGGAAAGAAUAUCCAAACUUUUCGAUACUAUCCGAGGUUUGUGUAGUGAUGUCUGCUUCAACUGCUGAACCUGAUAUAGGAUUUACAUCUGUGAACUUGAUAAAAAACAAAUACAGGAAUCGACUUACGUCAGAUCAGCUGGAUCAGUUGCUUAGGCUGUGCCUGGAGAAACCGGAAGACAGGCAGGAUUAUUUAGACGCAGCCUAUGCUGCGUGGCUACAAGCUGAACAAUGGAGGCUUCUUCUCAAAGAAUGGAGAAGAGGGGAAGAAUCCAAAACUGAAUCCGAUUCGACAGAAUCGGAUGUGGAUCCUUUGUCUGACUCAGAAUGAAAAUGAGUGCUGCUGACCAGUGUCCUUGGACAUGCAUGACAGAAAGGGAAAAAUCCGAUUUCUUUGUUAACUCGUGAUUCUCUGUUGGUGCUAUGUUGUUUGUAAUUGUAUUACAAAGAAAUGUACAUUGCCUUACAUUACAUUACAUUUGCCUUACAUUACAUUACAUUGCCUAAAAUAAAAGGCAUCUCCCAGUAUUCUGUAUACUGUUCCUUUAUUGCCGAUUGAUAAUCCAACACAACAUGCUUCCACAUCAUAGCAUGUCAACCAUACAAUAAGGAAUUAAUAAAAUGGGAUUUUUAUACAUUAGUUUAAAUACAGCUGAGUUUUCAUGACUCUGGCAUUUGGUACCUUUUUAAUAAAAAAAACCUUGACACCCACUAGCUUUCUGAGAUGCUGAAACAGUCAUUAACUGUAUAAAAUGAUUGGAUGUGAUAAGUUCAAGGUGUAUUUCAGCUGCCGUGAUUUGUGGGAUUGGUGCAGUGAGCCUUGGAAACAGGUUAGGUAUGAAGUGGCAGCCUAUAGAAUUGCAAUCUAAAUCUCCUUGGAAAGCUAAUGUGUCGAAUAGUACACUAAAGUAUUUGGGGAUUCAAGGUCAAGAUCGGUUAUUGUAUUUCAUACUUACUAAAAGUAUGAUACAAUGUGUUGAGAAUGUUUGUGCAAAGAGUGAAACUUCAUAUUGGAUCAUUCCAUUUGAACGAUGCUUUAAAUGUAGCAGUUAAUAUGAUUUUGAAAAUAUCAAAGCUUGAAUUUAAUUUUGUUUUUUGAUGAGGCAGCUGUAUACUACUUCAGGGAGUUUCAGAGCUCCGCUUCCUGUCUAUAAUGCAGAAAGGGGAAGCUCUGGCUUUUAUCUGAGCAGUCAAUGCCAUUGGCAUCGGCAACAUUUUUUAAAAAAUAACACUUUUUUUACAAAAGGUUUCACUUUUAUGAAUGUUCAGAUGUCUUGCAUGCAUAGAUCAAUUUAAAAAACCCUCUGUACUUUUAUUAUUUGUAGUACGGUACAGGUUGCAUAUCUCAAAGAAUCUUACAGGAAACAAUCAUCCCUAGACAGGGCCUAUGUCAAACCCUUAAAUAAAGCUGGAGUUGUAAUUUAUUUGUAUGACAGGUCAGUGAGGCUCAUUUACUAUCCUACUCUUUAAUCUGUUUAAAUCCUGUGCAGCAAAUGACACCUUUAUCGUUUAUACAUUUCACUUUCUGUCAUAUUAGUUUCAAAUUUGUUGAUUUUAGGGUACAGCACCAGUCUGGAGAGUCUCAUAAUUUUGAGUGCAAGUAGUUGCUAAUCACUCGUCACCCCUUUCACUUUGCCUCUGCUGAUCCUCCAAUUAUUACAGCUUGAUGACCAUUGUGUAUGUGUGUGGAGUUGGUUAUUUACGAGAUCUCUCAUAGUAACCCAGGAACUGGGGAGAAAGGAACUGUGCAUAGCUUAAGUUCCCUGUGAAGCAGGUGGCUCAUUGAGCUUUCCUAUGGAAGAGAUCAAUUAGGAAGAGUCUGUUUCUCAAGAUAAUGUGAAGAGGGUUGUAUGAUUCUUCCAACCUAUGUUGGAUGUGCAGUGUAACGUACAAGCUGCUCUUGGAUUACAAAGUGCAUACUCUUAAAUUGUAAUCUCGGAUGAUUAAAAAUGUCCUGUGCAACUGUUGCAUUAUUUUCCCAAAUCAGUGUACAUUUGAGCAUUUUCACUUACUCCAAUGAUGCAGAGAAAACAGGGUUUUUGAUUGUAGUCCAUGUCUGCCUGAUUGUGUUUUUAAUGACACUUCUUUUUUCAUGUACUGCUUUUAAUUACUUGAUCUCUUUUGUAAUUGGGCACCUUUUAUUUAGUGUUGCACUUUUACUUGUGAAAUGAUUGGACUGAUACUUGUUCUUGGAUAUCCUCAUCCCAUUUUAUUUUGCUUUCCUUAUGUCUAUUCCUAAAGUACUGCUCUGGCUUGCUUAAUAUAAACUGGUAUAGCACAUUGGGUUUGGUAGUAAAUGUGUCCAUUAUUUUCUGAUGCUGCUUACUUGAGUGAAUUCUGAUUGUGAAAAUCUUUCGUUGAUGACCUAUGUUCAGUGUCACUUUAAAAAUUAUGCAGAUUGUCACUAUAACUAGUUUGCCAAAAAUUUACUGUAACAAGAUUUCUAUAGACUGCAUGAUCCAUUUGUAGUAUUUUACUACAGGCCAUUCAUUCAUUGUGCAUUUAAUAUUAAUCUUAACAUCACACAUUUACACUUAAGUGACAAAAGAACUUUAUUCAAGAAGGUGCUAAUGUGGUUUUCAUUGAAUUACUAACGUGUUGUUGUGUUUAGGUGAAGAUUGGAAAUGGAUUGACAGUAUACAGUGUGCUGAGCACUAAAAAUGGAUAUAACUGAGAAAAUUUAUGCUUGGAGCAGGAUGAUGCAUUUAAAAAUUAUGCUUGGGAUUGGUAUUCUGUUUAUUUGGGAGAUGGAAAGUGAUGUAAUGCAUUUAGAAUUCUGUGCUUGGAUCAGAAUUACACUUGGACCAGGUAUGUGGCUCUGCUUCACUUGAAUUGAUUGUAUUGCGUUUUUGUACUGUAUACAGGCUGCUGUUGGUCUAAAGAAAAUAAAGAUGUUAAGUUUGUUAAAGGAAA